AUGCGCCCCUCUGCCAUCGUACCGAUUCUCCUCUGCACGGCAUCCUUGGUGCUCACUUUCCUGUGCCUGUUUGCCGGCAAUGACAAGGGCUUCAUGGAAGACUAUGCGAUUCUCACGCUCAAUACCUCCCGCAUAGGGCAGAAUGUCUUGAAGGACCUGACCUCUCCCGGCAACGGGCUCUCGAGCGAGAUCUCCUCGUAAGGAUUCCUCGAGUCUUCGACAAUGGCAGCGCUGACUCGAAUCCAGUAUCCUCCAUAUCGUCCCCGAAUCUCUUGAAUCGGAUGUCGAAAAUGCCAUUACCUCGCUGGCGAAAGAGCUCGGGCUUCAUGAUUUUUACUCUGUCCACAUCAUGGACUACUGCGAAGGCUACUACACCCCUUCGCCGCUACCGAACCGCACUCUCACCAAAUCCGAGAUUCGCAAGAACGUCACCUCCUGCAGCAACCAGACGGCCAUGUACAACUUCGACCCCGCGGAGAUCCUGCAGCAAGAGCUCAAUAACAGCGGACACGGCUAUAUCGACCUGGAGCGCAAUCUCGACUGGCCGAAAGACAUCACCAACGGCAUCCGGGCCCUGCGACUCGCGGCACGGGCGACGUUCGUGCUCUACUGCAUUUCUCUCGGUCUCGUCGGCGUCGCGCUCAUCCUGGCCUGCAUUAGCUUCUUCCUCGACGGCCGGCUGAGUGCCUUGGUCAAUGUCGUGGUCGAUUGGUUGGCGUUUGUGGUGGUGGGCAUCGCGAGUGCCAUUGCGAGUGCCGUGGGCGUCAAGGGCACCGAAGUCAUCAACGAGCACGGCGAAAAGAUUGGCAUCUCGGCGGAUCAUGGCAGCAAAUUCCUGGUCAUUACGUGGGUAGCGACUGGUCUGAUGUUGGUUGCAUCCAUGGUAUGGUGUGCCGAUUGUAUUGUGGGCAGGAAACGCCGUACGACUCCAAAGCAUGACUGA